UCACAAAGCGAGGGGUCGCAUCGUGAGAUCACCUCAGAAGAGGGGUAAAAGGGUCCAGAAGAAAGACAUGUGUCGUGGGGAGAACGCCCCCAACCCCGAUGCGGGGAGCUCUCAGGACGGUGGCGCAACUCCGCCGCCAUCGCCGCCGCGGCCGCAGUCGCAGUCGCCGGUGUCGCUGUCGGUGCGGUCAUCAGCAUCAACUACUGAUGAGGAAGAAGCAAGGGAACGGGAGCGAAGAAAAAAUAAGUUUUACUAUGAGAACUACUCAGAAUAUCAGAUAUCACCAGAUAUGUGGGGUGAGAAUGGUGAUAACAGUGGUGAUUCUGCUGGGAAAAGGCUGGGACAUAAGGAAAAAGUAAGGGAAGAGGAGCAGAGAAAAGAGAGGAUGGAUUAUGAGAACUACGACGACUACAAAAUUUACUGGGACCACAAUAUUGGUGACCUAUUUCUUGGCCAUGAACUCUCUCAGAUAUCACUAGAUUUGUUGAGUGAUAAUGGUGAUAACUGCAGUGAUUCUGCUACAGAGAUGGGGGAUAAGGAACUUCUUACGGCUUUGUUUCCAGACUUUGACAGAGGAUAUGAUAUCUUCUGGCAAAAGAUCACGCUUCUCAGUGAAAAGUAUGAAUUCUUUAGAAGAGCUGCCAGAGAUGGAAAUUGUUUCUACCGAGCUUUCAUUUUCAGUUACUUGGAGCAUGUUUUAGAAAUCCAGGAUGACGCUGAACGCAGAAGUGAAGUUAAACAUCUUAGGCAAUGUAUCGAAAAGGCUAAGGAAGCUUAUGGAAGUCUUGGUUCUGCCCUGAUGUUUGAUGCACAGUGGUCUACUUUUGAUGGUUUUGAAUAUUUGGUAGACUUAAUUCAAAGCGGCCUCUCUGCUGGACAACUAUAUUUAGUAGACAAGACGGACAAAAUCAUCUCAAGCAUUUUGCCAUCCCUUAAGUUGCUGAUUGAGAUUGAGCUCUGCACACAGGAGGACUUUUACAAUCCUUUUCUUAGCUCUGGAGAAUAUGGAUCUGUUCGUGAGUGCUUGGAUUUCUUUAGUUCACCAAAAGUGAUUAUCGUGGCUAAGCAAAGAUUUAUUGCAAGUUCAUUUGAUGUUUCAGACUGCAGGCCUCGCUGCGGCCCGUCGUCGCCGGCUCGGAGUCGCGCGCAGCGCCGCCAGUACCAUCGACGUUGUCCUCGCGUGCAGACCCGCAAGCCAAGCCGGCCAUCCCGAAGAUUUGGGAGCGCCUUCCGAGAGAGCCAUGUCGAAGGAAUUAGGAGCUGGACUCCAAGCAUCGAUUUCCAUGUUGCGGAUAGAUGGAUCUUUUGCUUGAGAGGAGUUUAGUUGGGAUCGAUCCCCUUUCUAUUUUUCUCUUUUUCUAUUUAAUUCCUCUCGCAUACAGUAAAGGUAUAUGGAAACACAAUAAGGUAUAUGCUUUGUCAUAGGAUUUUUUGUUUAAGGUGAGCGCAUCAGCAUAUGCUUGUCCA